UCCGCCUUCUCAGUUUAUUAGUGUGUUUUCUAAUUUUCAGCACCGGUGCUGUAAGAUUUGUCAGGAUUGAGUACAGCGUCUUUCUAUUGUCUGACUGGUUUUCAGCGUAAACGUGAGCAACGAUGGAACUAUACAACACAUAUUUAUAGAUUGAUCUUGAAAUUGCGUUGGAAGGGAUUUUUGUCAUAUUGGAAAAAUGGAACAAAGAAGACGCUCUCAUCAGCUGGAGCUGAAUGCAAAACUCGCUUUCAUUGCUGUUGCAAUGUUGUUUGGGAGAGCAGUUUGGGCACAAAUACGGUACUCGAUCUCGGAGGAGCAGAAGGACGGAGCUGCUGUGGGAAAUAUCGCGAAGGAUUUAGGUAUCGAUCACAGAACACUAAAGGAGAGGGGAUUUCGCAUCGUCUCGACCUCAGGCGAGUCAAUGUUCAGUUUAAAUCAGAAUGACGGCGUCUUGUAUGUGAACGGGAAAAUAGAUAGAGAGGAGGUGUGUGAGAGGAGCACCCCGUGUUUAAUCAAUCUGAAAAUCGCUCUAGAAAACCCACUAGAAAUCCACUAUGUCAUUGUAGAGAUAUUGGAUGUAAACGAUUACAGUCCACUGUUUCCCGAGAAUGAAAAGCGGCUGGAAAUUGGGGAAUCUGCUCUGCCAGGCGCGCGAUAUCCGCUACAGGCAGCGCGUGAUCCAGACAGUGGAAGCAAUUCGGUUCAGACCUACAAACUCAGCCACAACGACAAUUUCCGUCUUGAAAUUAAAGAUCGAGAAGAUGGUAAAAUUCCAAUUCUGAUUUUACACAAGCCGCUUGACAGAGAAGUGACGAAAAACAUAAAAUUAGUAUUAACUGCUUUAGAUGGCGGGAGACCGUCUAAGUCUGGCUCAAUAGAAAUAUUGAUUGAUGUGCUGGAUAUAAACGAUAAUGUGCCUAUUUUUACGAAAGAGUCUUACACUGUUGUACUGAAUGAAAACGCACCAGUGGGCACAACAAUUGUACAGGUUAAUGCCACUGAUAUGGACGACGGUCAAAACGGACAAGUAGUUUAUGCAUUAGGAAAUAAUGUUAAUAAUAACUUGCGUGAACUUUUUCAAGUUAAUCCAGUCACUGGAGAAAUUAUUGUGACUGGUGUUUUAGAUUUUGAGGUCAAAGAUCUAUACGAAAUUGACAUUCAGGCAUCUGACAAAGGAAUUGUUCCUCUUGCGACGGAUAAAAGUGUAAUCAUAAAAAUCGUUGAUGUAAAUGAUAAUGCACCGGAAAUAGAGGUCACAUCAUUUUCAAACGCCAUUCCAGAGGAUUCUAGACCUGGUACUACAGUGGCUUUGAUAAGCGUCACCGAUUUAGACUCUGGGCUCAAUGGAAAAAUCUCCUGUUCAAUAUCUGAUGAUAUACCUUUUAAACUAAUGCCGUCAUCACACGAUAAUAUUUAUUCUUUAGUUACCUCUGGAUUACUUGACAGAGAAACGAAAUUCCAGUAUGACAUAACAUUAGUUGCAAAAGAUGCGGGACAGCAAACAUUGUCUACUAUUAAAACUAUAACAGCUCUAAUAUCAGAUGUAAAUGACAAUAUUCCGGAAUUCUCAUUUUCUCCUUAUGCGUUUUAUGUGAUGGAAAAUAAUGUCCCAGGCAAAUUUGUAUUUUCUGUGUCUGCUACUGACAAAGACUCUAAUGAAAAUGCUAUAGUUAGCUAUCAAAUAUGGAGAGAAAGUAGCGAGGAAAAUAAAUAUACGUCUUUCAUUAACAUUAAUUCUGAGAAUGGGGAGAUUUAUGCGCUUAAGAGCUUUGACUUUGAAAUUGUUAAAACCUUCCAGUUCCAUGUUGUUGCUGCAGACUCUGGAACUCCGUCUCUGAGCAGUAACGUGACAGUGAACGUGUUUAUUCUGGAUCAGAACGACAACGUUCCAGUGAUCUUAUAUCCAGUCAGCGCUAACGGUUCUGCUGAGGGUGUGGAAGAGAUUCCCCGUAAUGUGAACGCAGGUCAUUUGGUGACUAAAGUCAGAGCCUAUGACGCAGAUAUAGGAUACAACGGCUGGUUAUUAUUUUCACUGCAGGAAGUUAGUGACCACAGUCUCUUUAGUUUGGACCGCUAUACAGGACAGAUAAGGACCCUUCGCUCAUUCACAGAAACAGACGAGGCCCAGCAUAAACUGCUCAUACUGGUCAAAGACAAUGGGAACGUUUCACUCUCAGCAACAGCGACUGUGAUUGUCAAAGUUGUGGAGCCCAAAGAGGCUUUUGCAGCUUCUGAUGUUAAACACACAGUAAAAGACGAGGAGGAAAACAACGCGACAUUUUAUUUGAUCAUAACUUUGGGCUCGGUUUCAGUGCUUUUUGUCAUCAGCAUCAUCGUGUUGAUUGUAAUGCGGUGCUCUAAAUCGACAGACUAUUCGUCCAAGUAUUUACAGGACACAAAUUACGACGGGACUAUGUGUCACAGCAUCCAGUACAGAUCUGGAGACAAACGGUACAUGUUAGUUGGACCCAGAAUGAGUAUCGGCUCUACUUUAGUCCCGGGCAGUAAUGGAAAUACUCUAGUCAUACCAGAUCGCAGGAGGAGAGAUUCUGGAGAGGUUCAGAUUUAUUAG